AUUCCAGUGGUACAGUCUCCUUCUGUGCUGAGCUUCCUCGUAUGACAGUGUGGUUGCUGUGUACAAGCCAAAGUGCCCAUUUGGUGUGAUGUGUGUUUUUCGAUGUCUUGUGACAUGGGUUUUGCUGAGUGUUGCUGUCUCUGGUCAGUUCCAGAGGCCAAGUUCCAAGCCUAGUUCAAAUAAUGGCUUGCGGUCUGCGUGUCUUGGCAAUGUCUUGAGGCUAACAUUGGACAGAACUUUGGCUGUCGGUAGCCAGCUAGAAAUUGAUGCCAUCGAUGGCACUGACAUUAUACCGUUGUCGCACACCUUGGCUGCCCAGUGUGGAUACAGCGUUGAGUCUGACCCUUGGGGCAACACCAAAGUCUUUGCGUCCUUGUUGGGCUGUUAUGUUGACAACCAGGUGGAUGUGGUGUUCACCCUUGGCCUGCGACUGCGAAUGUAUAGAGAUGGCCUUUCAGAGCAGGUCAAGCAUGUGACCGAGACGUGCAGCUACUCCCCCUGGGCCUCCCGGGAAAUUCUUUGUGACAGGAACUACAUGGAGGUGUCAAGCCUCAUGGUCACUCCAGAGACCCCUGUCAAAAUGGUCGCUGGCCAGCAGGUUCAUGAUACCUGGGAAGAUGCCAUCCCUGAUGCUGCUGUUACUCCAAAUGGCAUCUGGAAGAUGACAUUCCACACCCCUGACCCCAAGGUCAUGUUACUGACUGAUGCUCAGCGGGCUGGUUAUGGUGCCAUGAUAACCCAAACAAGACUGGUGAUCCGAAGCCCCUACAACAUGGCAGAGACUUAUUCUGUAGAGGUGGCUGGAGUUCCUAUGGAGGUCUUCAGUGUGUCCACUUACUACAAGAUUGGCAAUUUGAUUGUGGAUUCAGCGGCUGCCUGUCCUACUGGUGGUGUAGUCUUCACUGACAAGGUCAUCACCUGGCAUGUGCCUCGCCGCAUCACCCCGCUGAUUUCUAGUGCUGUUAAAAUUCUGGAGACGCACAUGGGCAUCUAUGGCCAGAGGCUGGACAAAACCAAGAUGGCCACCAGACACUACAAGCUGUCUGUCAUGGAGUCUCACAUCAUCAUUGAGAUUCCAGUGGGGUCACCUGAUGGCUACUACAAGAGUCAUGCCCCAGAUUAUGCUUACCACAUAACCUACACUGUUGAACCGAUGCUUGAGUUGCUGUGGAGGGCAGAAAACACACAGGCUGACACAAGAUACAAAGUCCUCUUCCCCAUCACAACCCCUCUGAUGCCCAGGCCUCCACAUGUUAUUGACAGCACUGUUCCUGAGCAGAGAGUGUUUGACAUCCUCCUGGGUACCUUCCUCCAUGAUGUGGAGCUGAUGAACAUCACCUUUACCACCAGGGUGCUAACUGUUGCAGAGUGCAAUGCCAGAGGCUUUGAUGUCCAGGAGCACCACUUUGCUAACAGCUCCAAGACCUUCUCACUAAGAGUGCCCUUCUCAGAUGAAUUAGUCCUGAAACAAAACCCUGAUCCCCUUACAACUGUGUACUUCCUCCCUCUGGUCUUCGGUCUGCUCGUCCUGCCUGAACAAACACCCUUCCCCCACCCUGCUGAGCUGGAGGCCUCCCGGGAAGAUGUUGUUCUUCCCACAAUCACCGGCAGCUGCGACCAGGAGAACUUCUACUUCUCUGUAAAAUACGGGAGCAAACAGGAUAACUUCCAAACCAUGAUGCUUCAUGCUGGUUCAUGGAGGGAGCUGGAUACUGAGCUGGCAGAGCUGUACAAUCUCACUGGCAAUGGCACACACUUCAGUAUCGUGGUGCCCUUCACUGCACCUGCUGCAGCAUUUGAGUUGGUUCACUUCAACUCUAUCAGAGCCAGAGUGGACUUGCUGCUGUUGGAGAUGCCUAACAUGUGGCAACUCGAUGACCUUUCACUUGCCUGCUAUUUCCCCCUGACUACAACUGAGUGCUACUCCAACGGCACGGUGACUGCACUGGCAGUUAAGGUGGAAUCUGUUAGCAACUUGAACCCUGAAUACCUGACCUUGAGGGACCAGUCAUGUAAACCAGCCUUCAGCAAUGACCGCUUUGCUUUCUUCUCCUUCAAACUCGACUCCUGUGGCACCACAAGAACGUUCUUUGACGAUGUCAUGGUGUAUAAGAAUGAAAUUGCCCUGCCAUACAACACAGGCAAACAAAGUAGGAAAGGUCCAUUCGCUCCAGAGUAUCGGCACACCGUCUCUUGCUACUACCUGCUCAACUACACAAAGACCAUGGCAUUCCGUGCUAGCCCAAGGAGAACUGACCCUGUGGCAGAUCCUGGGGUGGGACAUCUGGUGGUCCAAAUCAGAGUGUCCCAGGAUAGCUCUUAUGCCUUAUUCUACCAAACUGAGGACUACCCAGUGGAAAAGUACUUGAGACAGCCUCUGUAUUUUGAGGUGGAGCUGAUGCAGUCCACUGACCCUCAAAUAGAGGUGGUGUUGGAGAACUGCUGGGCCACGCUGCACAAGGACAGAACUUCUCUUCCUAGCUGGGACCUCAUUGUUGACAGCUGUGAGAAUCUUGAUGACCUGUACCUCACGGUCUUCCAUCCCGUCGUUGCGGACACAAGGGUUCAGGUCCCAGCUCACAUCAAACGCUUCUCCAUCAACAUGUUCACCUUCACCAAGGAUGAUGCAGUUCUGAAAGAACAGAUCUUUGUGCAUUGUGAUGCAGUCCUUUGUGACACCACCAAACCUGAUGGCAUCUGUUCAGGCCAGUGUGCAAAUGCCCUGAGGUAUGCAAACUCUCUCAGACCAACUGGCUCAAAAAGAGGUCUUAGAGCUACAGAUGCCAGCCAGUAUAAGAAGCAGAUCUCAUCUGGACCUGUUCUUCUCUCUGACUCACACUUGUUCUAAUAUAAUAAAUCUUCUGUUUUGGUUAACUGA